GGCGCAUGCGCAGUGCGGUUGUCAGCGGGUUGGUUGGGUUUGUGUUUACAGCUCGGUCGGCUGGAUGCUGCUGGCUGCUGAUGUUACAGGGGAAGUGCAAUGCCGUGCCAAACGCCAUUGGAAUAAAACAGCCGUGGGAACAAAGGUGAUUUUGCUCAUCAUCUCCCACCACUUCCUCCUCCCGUCUUCCAUUCAUGAGCAGCGUGGCUGAAUUUAACAGCGACAGCCAUGGAUGACAAGGGCUCGGUGGGGAAGAUUAGCGUGUCCUCGGACUCAGUGUCCACUCUCAACAGUGAGGACUUUGUCCUCGUGUCCCGGCUGGGGGACGAGACACCCUCCUCCACUAAUAAUGGUAGUGAUGACGAAAAGACAGGACUGAAGGUGAUUUCUGAGGAAGAGGUCAGCUUUAAGAUUGUGGGGAAUGGAAGUGAACAGCAGCUCCAGAGGGAGUUAGAAGAUGUCCUCAUGGACCCAUCGGUAGCCGACACUGGGCUCGGACCAGAAGCAGGAAUGGAGAGCCUCGGCGGGGGCGACCACGGCCUCCUCCCCACCAUAGCGUCACCCGUGCCGCCGGGCUGCGACCCUCUGACCGCACCGCCACCCAAACUGGAGAUGGUGCUUCCUGUUCAGACGGGCCAGGAGAGCGAACUGAAUGAGAGGUCGUACAGAGGAGAUGAAUCAUCAUCUGAAGGCAGCCCUGGCAGUCCCAUUCCAGAUGAAGACAGCGUCGUCUUCAGCCAGCUGACAUAUCUAGGAUGUGCCUCGGUCAAUGCUCCGCGGAGCGAAGUGGAGGCCCUCCGUAUGAUGAGCAUACUCAGAGGGCAGUGCCAAGUCCCCCUGGAUGUCACGCUGUCUGUGCCAGGCGUGUCUGAAGGCACUGUCAGGUUGUUAGAUCCCAACAACAGCACAGAGAUUGCCAACUACCCCAUCUAUAAGAUCCUGUUCUGUGUACGAGGCCAUGACGGCACACCGGAGAGCGACUGCUUCGCCUUCACCGAGAGCCACUACAACACCGAGAUCUUCAGGAUCCACGUGUUUCGCUGCCAAAUCCAAGAGGCGGUGAGUAGGAUACUGUACAGCUUUGCCACGGCCUUUCGGCGGUCAGCUAAGAGGGCAGUUCUGUCAUCUCAGCAGCCUGCUCCGCUCACCCCCGACAGUGACUUGUUUACCUUCACUGUCAGUCUGGAGAUCAAGGAGGAUGAUGGCAAGGGUACUUUCAGUGCUGUAGCAAAAGACAAGGACAAGCAGAGCUUCAAGCUGCGUGCAGGAUUGGACAAGAAAAUUGUCAUUUAUGUUCAGCAGACCUCCAACAAGGAACUGGCCAUUGAAAGGUGUUUUGGACUUUUGCUCAGCCCGGGGAAAAAUGUGAAGAACAGCGACAUGCACCUGCUGGACCUGGAGUCAAUGGGAAAGAGCUCAGACGGGAAGUCUUACAUCAUCACAGGAAGUUGGAACCCCAACACGCCUCAGUUCCAGGCGGUGAAUGAGGAAACGCCCAAAGAUAAAUUCAUGUACAUGACGACAGCGGUGGACCUGGUGAUAACAGAGGUGGAGGAACCGGUCCGUUUCCUGCUGGAGACCAGGGUCAGGGUGUGCUCCCCAAACGACAGACUUUUCUGGCCCUUCAGCAAGCGUAGCUACACUGAGACAUUCUACCUUAAACUACGACAGAUGGAGCGCAAAGAACGAAAGAGUCCUGCCUCAGACACACUUUAUGAGGUGGUGAGUUUGGAAAGCGAGACCGAGAGAGAAAAAAGGAAGACCACAGCUAGUCCCAACAUCCUGCCCUCUGGGGCUGGUACCAUGGCUCCGUCCCCACCUGAGGAUGAUGAAGAAGAAGAUAAUGAUGAGCCUUUACUCAGUGGGUCCGGUGAUGUUUCAAAGGAGUGCGCAGAGAAGAUCCUGGAGACCUGGGGAGACUUGUUAUCCAAGUGGCAUUUGAACUUAUCAGUGCGGCCCAGGCAGCUUCCAGCCUUGGUGCGCAGCGGCAUCCCCGAGGCGCUCCGUGGGGAGGUUUGGCAGCUUCUGGCAGGCUGCCAUAACAAUGACCACCAGGUAGAAGAGUACCGCACUCUCAUUACAAAGGAGUCGCCUCAGGACAGCGCCAUCACCAGGGACAUCAACAGGACAUUCCCGGCUCACGACUACUUCAAAGACACUGGAGGAGACGGACAAGAUUCACUGUACAAGAUCUGCAAGGCUUACUCUGUUUACGAUGAAGAGAUUGGCUACUGCCAGGGACAGUCCUUCUUGGCCGCGGUGCUGCUGCUGCACAUGCCAGAGGAGCAAGCUUUCAGCGUGCUGGUUAAGAUCAUGUUUGAUUACGGGCUCAGGGACCUUUUCAAGCAGAACUUUGAGGAUCUACACUGCAAGUUCUUCCAGCUUGAGAGACUCAUGCAGGAAUAUAUACCAGACCUGUACAACCAUUUCCUGAAUGUGGGUCUGGAGGCUCAUAUGUACGCCUCUCAGUGGUUCCUCACCCUCUUCACGGCCAAGUUCCCUCUUUACAUGGUCUUCCAUAUAAUUGACCUGCUACUGUGCGAGGGCAUUAGUGUGAUCUUCAAUGUUGCCUUGGCGCUUCUGAAGACAUCAAAAGACGAUCUAAUCCAAACGGACUUCGAGGGAGCACUCAAAUUCUUUCGUGUCCCAGUUCCAAAGAGGUACCGCUCUGAGGAAAAUGCAAAGAAGCUGAUGGAGCUGGCCUGUAGCAUGAAGAUCAGCCAGAAGAAGCUGAAGAAAUUUGAGAAGGAGUACCACACCAUGCGGGAGCAGCAGGAGCAACAGGAGGCCCCCAUCGAGAGAUACGAGCGGGAGAACCGUCGGUUACAAGAGGCCAACAUGCGUUUGGAGCAGGAGAACGAUGACUUGGCACAUGAACUGGUUAGCAGCAAGAUCGCCCUGCGCAAAGACCUCGACAACGCUGAGGAAAAGGCAGACGCCCUGAAUAAAGAGUUGCUGCUGACCAAACAAAAACUGGUCGACUCGGAGGACGAGAAGAGACGGCUGGAGGAGGAGUCUGCACAGCUGAAGGAGAUGUGCAGACGAGAGCUUGAUAAGUCUGAAUCCGAGAUCAAGAAGAACGGUUCUAUUAUUGGGGAAUACAAGCAGAUCUGCUCCCAGCUGAGCGAACGACUGGAGAAACAACAGACCGCCACUCGAGGAGAACUGGAGAAAAUCAGAUCCAAAGUUGAAGGCUGCGAGAAGUGCAGCAGCCUUUUCAACAAAGAGGGUCGUGUGCGGGCCGCCGUGACCACGGCGCCUUCCGGGGCAUCCGAGGAGACCGAUGAGGAGAAAGAGGGUUUGAAGAACCAGCUGAGGGAGAUGGAGCUGGAACUGGCCCAGACCAAGCUGCAGCUGGUGGAGGCUGAGUGCAAAAUCCAGGACCUGGAGCACCAUCUGGGGCUGGCUCUCAACGAGGUGCAGGCCGCCAAGAAGACCUGGUUCAACCGAACGCUCAGCUCCAUCAAGACCGUCACUGGGACCCAGGGCAAGGAGACCACCUAACCCAAUAACCCCCCCUCCCCACCCUCCCCAUCCACAUAGUUUUAACCAGACCGUGUGUGGAGCUCAGUGCAACUCAUCACACUGAAACCUCUGGACCCCUAACGUAACCCAUCGGGCCAUAACUUUAACAUGAACAUUAACCGUUAAAUCCCCGGAUCAUCUUUGCUACGGACUGUGCGACUUGUUCACCUUAUCCGAAUUGUCCUUGUGUUUCCCCUCGUCCCCCCCCUCCUCCUCUCCCGAUCUAAUUCCCUCCCUCCCUCUCCGCCCCGAAUGACUACAGCCAACAAGACGCUGAUGAGAAGGGGUUGAAAACAUAAGAUGAAGUACCACUCCUCCCCUCAGAGACAAUGUGCUUCCACCGGUCACAGAAAGACAACCUUUAGGGAAAAAAAAAAAAAAAAGAGAAACGCUUCUUUGAGUUCUGUCUUUGUACUGCUGAUAUUAAAGGCCCACAGAAGGAAGGUAAGGACAUCAGAACUGUAACUGUCCUCACAGGAUAGAGAAGAAAACACUCCGUCCUUUCCUUACCGCUCUGUUUGCUCCCCCCCCCUCUCUAAACUACUGGCACAAAAAACAACCAGUCCCUGUAAAGUUUUUUUUUCUUUUUUUUUCUCGGUACGAGAGCAAAUAGACGCCUUUUCAGAACUGAGCUUUUUCUAAUUUACGUUGAACAAUACUUUUCUUUUUCUAUGUACGUUCACGAAUGUGCUUAUGUAAAGAGGAUGUGUGUGUGUGAGUGUGUGUGUUAAGUGCGCAUGUAUUUUUGUUGUCAGGUGUAUGUGUUCACGUGCGAUUGAGGAAAAAAACUAAAAGUUUGAACGUAUAAAUAAUCGACUGAAAUGACGUGUUUAUAAAAGAUAGUAACAGGGAGUGUGUGGAAGCCCAAGGGAAAGAAAAAGCACUAAGGUUAUGAGUGUGUGCAUGCAUGUAUGGGGGGGAAAAAAAAGUUUUUCCUGAUUGUCUUGUUUCCUUUAAUGUUCAAAUGUUUAUAUGCUAAAGAGAAGUUUGCUGACAAAGCCUUGAUCUGAAGGUUGAUACCAGUGAUACUGGUGGAUGUGAAUGUGUGAUUUACGGUAAAGCUUAGGAGCUGUUGAGAAACCCAACAGCAGUCAAAUUUCAAACACACAAAAAAGAGAAAUGCUUGAGGUUUGUUUGGUUUGGAUCUUUCAGCACAAAGAAACUUAAAAAGCUCCAAACCAUUCAAACCUCUGCGCUGGUCGAAACCCAGAGCGGCGCAAUGUUUGAUAGGAGCCUGACGCACUGUUUAGAAGAGGCGUAAAGUCAAAAUGGAAAACCCCCGCGCACACACACAACGUCGUACGUCCCGCUGCACUUAAACACACCUUUAAAACGCGUCUCCCCCUCUCGGUGGCACCAGCUGCUGUGAGACCUCUGACCUCCACCGGCAGGGUUUAAAUGCUCGGUCGAGCAGCGCGGCAGAGCCGAUUUAGUCCUCAAGACUCAGUCAGAUCUUCGUGAUUAGUUUUACCACUCUGACCCUCAGACUACACACAGGCUACAUUUAUAUAAAUCCACGACUGACCGAACACUGGCCACUUUAUUAUUGCUUGUUAAAAUAGAAGAUGGUGCAGAAAAAAAAACAGCAAAAGUCUGUUUAAAAUGUUUAAACCCAUCAAGAUGUAACAAAAGGACAUGUAACAAUUAUUCUUUGCCUGACUUUAGUUUCUGAAAACUACUGGAUGAGGCAAGAGUGUGUGAUGGGAAAAUGCUACAUGAUGUAAGAAAUUACAGUCACAAGGUCAGAGUUUGUCAUAAAAAUCUUCUUUGGUAGAAACUGAUGGUAGACUUCUAAUUGGACUUUUCUUAGCUCACAACCUAAUCCCUCAACGUCACUGGCCUGCCACAGUUACAUUGUUACUGUCCAGGUGCACCAAAGCGUCCAGGAACAUGACGGAAACUUGUAUUUUUUUCCGGCUGCCUGCUCUCGACUCAGCGGAGCACCUUUGGGAUGGAGCUGAGCGGGAUAACCGUGGCACAAAAGAAAUCUCACAAAAAUCCGCCGGAUUUGAUCGACUUUUAUCGAACCGGCUCGGAGCAAAAAAAAAGAAAAACACUGUGAAACCUUUCCAGUACCUUGAUAAAUUCACGUCUCAGAGCAUUUAGCUCCGGUCUGGAGCGAAAAGCAGAUGUUAUUCGGGUCAGAGAAGAUUUAAAUAUCGAAGUGUUCAGUGAGAGCUCAUACACAUGAGCGGUCCCAACAUGUAACUCUGCACCUAAAGUGUGGAUCAGUGUCGCAGGAGUUACGCCGUCAGUUGCGGGAUUUCAGAGCAAUGUCAUAAGAGGUCAACGUAGAGGCUGAACACCAUAAAUCAGUCCAGGUAGGGGAGGGGGGGGUGAGGUGGUUAUUAAGUGCUUGUGUGUGUUUCAUAUUUAGCCAACUCAAAAGGGCGUUAAACAAUAUUUCAACUUCUAGUCAUACUUCAACAUAUAAGACUGAUAAAAGCUUCAUUUGUGUUGCCAGCCCUAAAACUAACUAUUACUGUAAAUCUAACUUGGGAGAUGGAGUCUGAUUGGCCAGAAUCUGCUUGUGAUGUCAGAGGUUUGCAGAAACAAAGGGCCAUCGCUCUAAAGGCACUGGGUUGUACAUAACAAACAUUAAAAACAAACAUGAAUAUCGAGCUUUUGUUGAUGAUUUUCUACUCUGUAACUAUAACUAAUGUUGCCUACUUGUACCCCCACCUGCUGCCGUGCUCCAGUUUAAUCCAUAACAAUGUUUCUUUUGUUUUUUUUUUUUUUUUUUUUUUUGUUUUUUUUGCUCCAAGCUUCUCAGUCUGACUGCUGUUUGGUUAAUUAAAUGCCAAAACGUAGCUUUAUCAUCCAACGACAAAACCAUUAUCAACGUGUGGAAAUUGUAAUAGUGUAGAAUGCAUUGUGUAUACUUCAUGAAUUUCAAUAUAAAGAUAUCAACACACGAA